AUGCCAAGGUGUCACAAGGCGCAAGUGGCAAAAACCCACUCCGUCGAUCUAACUCUUCAAAAAACCCACAAUGCCUCACCCCGUCACCCCGUCACCCUCACGUUCCGCAAAGCCCUCCCGGCCGACGUCCCCUCCAUCCUCAAGCUCGUCCGCUCCGCCUACCGCGGCGAGGCCGACCUCGUCGCCGACGAGCGCAUCGACGAGGCGGGCAUCCUCGCCAAGAUCUCCGCGCCCGGCGGCGUCAUCCUCAUGGCCCACGACGACGCCGGCGCCCUCGCCUCCUGCUGCGAGCUCCUCAAGCGCGACGACGGCCUCGCCUACUUUGGCCUCUUCGCCGUCGACCCCCUGCGCCAGGCGGGGGGCAUCGGCCGGCAGGUGCUCGCGCGGGCCGAGGAGCACGCCAGGGAGGUGUUUGGGGUCAAGAGGCUCGAGAUGUGGGUUAUCUGGACCCGGGAGGAGCUCAUCGAGUGGUACGUCCGCCGCGGGUACACCAGGACGGAGGAGACGGCGCCGUUCCCGUACAAGGAGCUCGUCAAUGGGGAGGCUCUGCGCGACGAUUUGCAUUUCCGCGUCCUGGUGAAGGAUCUGUAG